UGCUAAGCCAAAUCAACGCACUCUGAAACUGCCAGCUGCUCUGACUGAAGACUAGAAGAAACCAUAGUUUUCAACAAUGAAGACCCAAACAAUCUGUUUGCUGUUGGCAACAAUUGUAUUCAGCCUGGCUUCUCAAGGUCUGUGCAUUGGAAACAUAACAAACUCAAGAUGCAAAUGUGCAAUAGUUGUCUCUCGUUUCAUUCCACCGAAAAAAUAUCAGCAUGUUGACAUCUAUCCUCAGGGUUCCUACUGCAGAAAUGUAGAAAUUAUAAUUACCCUGAAGAGUGGGAUAAAAGUCUGUGUGAAUCCCCAUACACUUUGGGUCAAAAAGGUUAUUAAUCUCAUUAAUGAAGAAACAGAAGCCUCUACUGCAUCAAAUGUAAAUGGUUCACAAAAUGAAUGAACAUGAAUUAUUCCUACAUAAUAUGAAAGUUUACUUCUCCCACUUAGCCAAGCUUUUGUUGAACAUACACUGGAGCAGCUUUACCUAAAGAUGAAAUAUUUUCUACUUUCCUUACUUUUAAUGCAGCUAAUGUCAUUAUUCCACAUAAUUCCUGUUACCAUGCCAGUAGUCUUUUGUGCAAUUUUUACAUAGUUUCUGGGGCAUAAGUUUAAAUGUUUCAAAAUACUUCAGUCAGUAAGUUGAAAUGCCUUAACAAAAUUCAAAGUAUAAAAGGAGUUUAUUUUACUAGUGUCCAUACAUACUUAAAGCAAUAAUUAUCCUCCCAUUCCUGUUAUGAGUAGAUUGUUUGAAAAUGUAUAUAUGUUAUAAUGGUUUUCUAAAACUAGCUUCGUGAUUGGCUUUAGGACUUCCAGAUUUAAAACUGAAGUAAAUUCAAUGAUAAUGUAAAGAAAAUAUCAGCUGUUAUGUCACAUAGGUUAAAUUUAACCUAUAUUAGUUGUUUGUCUGUUGGUAAUUGGUUAUAUGAUAGUAAAUUUUUAGUCAUGAUUUCAUAUGUUUAUUGUCACUUGGUUGAUAUAUUUUGUAUUCAGUGAAUGUUGUAUUUGAGACAAUGAAAAAAUAAACGACUGUUGUCUUAAUCUCUCA